AUGUUGAUGCAUACAACGACAUUUGUUGGAUCAGUGAGGAGGACGUCCAUACAGAUGAGAGAUAGACGUGGUGUAGACAGAGGACACUGGAAGGAAUGUGGAGAAUCAGAAUGUGUGGAGUACGAGUUGCCACCAGAUGAAUCGAAAAACGAGUGCUUCUACUGCUCCUGCCCACCAGUCAAACAUGAAAGAAAGCAGACUGCUCAGAAUUUUGGCAGCAAUGGGAUAUAUAGUCAGGACAUUCCCUGGGACGGGAAGACUGUUGAAUCAAAUCCAUUGGGAAAUACCUGGGAUGAGAAGGGAAAAACAUUCGAUAUUUUCAUGGCCUUACCAGACCCAGUCCUUUCUAUGGAGUACACUCCCGAGGCCGAAGUAUCUCUAACUGAUGACAUAGAUACAAGUCAAGAAGAUUCACUCUCGUGUCGUACAGCCUCAAUGGACGUUCCUACUUCGGCUCUAAGCAUUUGCUCCGUUGGGAUAAGCAAGGACAGUGAUGAGAGUGAGCGCAUCAUGACGAACCAUCAAAUAAUAGAUCGACUCGCCAUCAGGGUUUUGCACAAAUCAAAGUGCAUUCGAGGGUUCAAUUUUGUCGUAAUCAUCCAUCCCGAUGAGCAAUCGGCUUAUUCCGUAACACUGUUCUGGGAAUUCCGCAACCCUUACUUCUUCCAUACCCUCUCGCCCUUGAAGGGCGAAGUUAUUAAUUUCCAUGCCCUUAACUUUGGCAAGUAUGGAUAA